CAGCGUUUAAAACGGAUUCUUUAAUUAAAUCAAAUCAAAGCAGCCCAGGAAAUUAUUGAUUUAGAUAACUUUUCAACAUUAUAAGCAAAAUGCAGGUAGCAGAGGUUGAUCCUGUUCGCACCAAGAGGUAUGUGGAUGAAGUAUUUCGUCUUGUGCAGGAAAAACCUGGCGUCGAGGACAUCCUGAUCAUGAAUCACUCGGGUGUACCGGUUAAAACAUCCAUGGAACGACAGGAGAGCCUGCAGUACGCCUGUCUGUAUGACAACUUGCGUGAAAAGUGCCAGGCAUUCCUAUCCAAAAUGGAGCCAGCUCAAACAUUGACUUUCUUAAGGGUUCGCACUAAAUAUCACGAGGUGCUCAUCACCCCAGAUGCAAAGAUCACUGUUUUGGUGGUCCAAAAUGCCAAGGAUUCUUUCAUUAACAUGAAGGGAUAGCAUAUACUCCCAUUUAAAAUAUGUUUCCUCUUACCUCUUUCAAAACACAAAUGUUACAAGAAUAAAGACUUGAGUUGGACUAUUAACUGUCGACAGUUGUUCAACUAACAAGCCUUUAAGAGCAUCAAAAAA